UUGAAAAACCAUAUAUGAAGAGCUCCAUCUUAUUGUUUCAGUGAUAUAUUAAUAAUAACCAAAACAGCAGAGAGAAGAGAAGGGCUACACAAACACAAUCUCUAAUGGCACUCAGGAUGUGGGCUUCUUCCACUGCCAAUGCACUCAAACUCUCUUCUGUCUCCAGACCUCAUCUCUUGCCUCCUUUUUCUUUCUCCAGAUGCUUAUCUUCCGUCUUGGAUGGACUUAAGUACGCUGAUUCACAUGAAUGGGUCAAGCACGAAGGCUCAGUCGCCACCAUUGGUAUCACUGACCAUGCCCAGGACCAUCUUGGAGAGGUUGUGUAUGUGGAGCUGCCAGAACCAGGUGGCACAGUUUCCAAGAAGUCUGGCUUCGGAGCCGUUGAAAGUGUUAAAGCAACAAGUGAUAUAAACUCUCCAAUCUCGGGGGAGAUCGUUGAGGUUAACAAAAAGCUCACAGAAACGCCUGGCCUGGUCAACUCAAGCCCAUACGAAGAUGGAUGGAUGAUCAAAGUAAAGCCAAGCGAUCCAUCUGAAUUAGAUUCCUUGAUGGGUCCAAAGGAGUACACAAAAUUUUGUGAGGAAGAAGAUGCAAGUCAUUAAAGUUUGAAUUGAAUUGGCUCCUGCAGUUAUGUGUGGGACUGACUGUUCUUCAUAUGUUUAUGAUCUUAUUACCUUCUGAACAGUUUUUUAAUAUGCAACAGAACUGUUUCUUUCCAUUUUUCCUUCCCCUGCUAUUGUCUCUUGUCACCGACACUUCAGUGUGUCUACAUUCUAAUUUCUUUAAUAAAAAUAUUUUUAUUAAAGAUAA